ACAGCUCCGACUCACUUUCCAAACCCUCUAAUAGCCAGGCUUCCGGCCAGACAGUGCCUAUGAGCAGCAUAGGCCUCCUCCCGGCCAUCAGUCCGCGCUGGUGCCCAGCACCCAUGGAGCCCAGGCCGCUCCUCCUGCUCCUUGGGCUCUGCUCAGCUGGCCUUGUCCUGGGCUCUGAACAUGAGACCCGUCUGGUGGGAAAGCUAUUUGAAAACUACAACAGCGUCGUACGGCCGGUGGAAGAUCACCGCCAGGCUGUGGAGGUUACCGUGGGUCUGCAGCUGAUACAGCUCAUCAAUGUGGAUGAAGUAAAUCAGAUCGUAACAACCAAUGUUCGACUAAAACAGCAAUGGGUGGAUUACAACCUAAAAUGGAAUCCAGACAACUAUGGCGGCCUGAAAAAGAUUCACAUUCCCUCAGAAAAGAUCUGGCGCCCAGACCUCGUUCUCUAUAACAAUGCAGACGGUGACUUCGCCAUUGUCAAGUUCACCAAAGUGCUCCUGGACCACACAGGCCACAUCACGUGGACUCCGCCAGCCAUCUUUAAAAGCUACUGCGAGAUCAUCGUCACCCACUUUCCCUUUGACGAGCAGAACUGCAGCAUGAAGCUGGGCACCUGGACUUACGAUGGCUCCGUGGUGGCCAUCAACCCGGAAAGCGACCAGCCAGACCUGAGCAGAUUCAUGGAGAGUGGGGAGUGGGUGAUCAAGGAGUCCCGGGGCUGGAAGCACUGGGUGUUCUACGCGUGCUGCCCCUCCACGCCCUACCUAGACAUCACCUACCACUUCGUCAUGCAGCGCCUGCCCCUGUACUUCAUUGUCAACGUCAUCGUUCCCUGCCUGCUCUUCUCCUUCCUGACCGGCCUGGUGUUCUACCUGCCCACAGACUCAGGAGAGAAGAUGACUCUGAGCAUCUCUGUCCUGCUCUCCUUAACCGUGUUCCUUCUGGUCAUUGUGGAGCUGAUCCCUUCCACCUCCAGUGCCGUGCCGUUGAUUGGCAAAUACAUGCUUUUCACCAUGGUGUUUGUCAUCGCAUCCAUCAUCAUCACCGUCAUCGUCAUCAACACACACCACCGCUCCCCCAGCACCCACGUCAUGCCAGAGUGGGUGCGGAAGGUUUUUAUUGACACUAUCCCAAAUGUCAUGUUCUUCUCCACAAUGAAAAGACCAUCCAGAGAAAAACAGGACAAAAAGAUUUUCACAGAAGACAUUGAUAUUUCUGACAUUUCUGGGAAGCCGGGGCCUGCACCGAUGGGCUUCCACUCUCCCCUAAUCAAACAUCCCGAGGUGAAAAGUGCCAUUGAGGGAGUCAAGUACAUCGCAGAGACCAUGAAGUCAGACCAGGAGUCCAAUAACGCCGCUGAGGAAUGGAAAUAUGUUGCAAUGGUGAUGGAUCACAUUCUCCUUGGGGUCUUCAUGCUCGUCUGUAUCAUCGGAACCCUAGCUGUGUUUGCAGGUCGGCUCAUUGAAUUAAACCAACAAGGAUGAGCAGAAAGCUGAGCUGCGCCUGCCUCUGCCCCAGCACUAGGCAGGACACAGCAAGGCAGGGAAGACAGGCAGAUUUGUCUGCUUGGAUACAAGCUCACUGAUCAAAUAGUUAGUUUCCUGUAUUUAUGAUUAAUAAUAAUGAUUUACACUUA